AUGCAAUAAAAUAGGAGAUGAAGGUGCAUAUAUACUUGGUUUAGGGUUAAAUAACUGGAAGAAUAUUAUAAGCUUAUAACUAUAUUUAUUUUACAACCAAAUUAGUCAAACAGGAAUAUCUAAUAUUGCUAAAGGUUUGGGCACCCUAACAUAAAUGAAAAAUUUAGAGAUAAGCUUUUUAGAAAAUAAAGUUGGAAAUGAAGGAUCUAUUGCACUCAGUGAAGGUUUAAGUAAAUGCUAAAAUCUAAGAGAGUUAAAAUUGUACAUAAA